GUACCAGGAUUAUGGAUUCAUGAAGUACAGUGGGCGCCUUGUGUUCUAUCCACCAACUGACACCAACACUUAUUGGUAUUAUGUAGAUGAUAUAUGUGGAACUAGGUGGGGAUUACCUUUUAUACCAAAGGACAUGUCCGAUUGGUACUGGAUGAAGGAUGUGUUCCAGGAAAUGCAGUACACCAGGCUAUACGUCCCCCUUUCAGAGUAUACUCCAAAUGCUGGUUAUUACUACUGGUACAAUGGAUAUACAGCCCCCGGGGACUUGGGUAUAACCAUAGAGCCCGACGGGUACGACGAGAUAACCAUCACUGGUGCUGAUGGCUCGUAUUCGUACUACGAGUACAUAGACUGCGGAGUCCACGACCCAGUUGCCAAUCCGGAUAAAGAUGUCAUCUUGGUGGACUGCAUGAUCUACAUCACUUUGGGCUACAUAUGUGAGGCAGGCAUUCCUGAUCAGGAGGCCUAUGACAUCCAUCCCUACUUGGAGCCCGUUGCUAACCGGUCGGCCGUGUAGAGAGCGGGGAGGUCUGCAUAGGCCUAUGAACCUGCUUGAGAAUGACUAUGUUUUGAAUCUGAAUAUAUAGCAGAGUUUUGGAUAGGGUUAUUUAUGAAUUUGUUUCGUAUCAGUUUUCUGUUGGUAAUAUUCAUC